ACACUGCCUCGUUGUAUGCGGCCUUGACGGCAAGGGAGCCUCCAGUGUCUGCCUCAUGCCGGUAGACACGAAGCGGGUGCGGGGCCCGGAAGAAUCCCAAUCGCCACUGCUGUUUGUGGGGGGAGAUGUAGGUGCGAGGCCGAGGCCCUUACAGCCCCGGGCGGACGGGCGAUCGGCGGCGGAGCCGAGGCCGGUGUUUGCCCGGGCCGGGCUGGUGAGCCAAGCGGAUGGCUCGGUGUACGCUGAGUACGGGCGCAGCAAGGUGCUGUGUGCCGUGUACGGACCCCGAGAGAGCGACAGGAAGGAGGAGCGUCGCCUGAGCGGGGCCACCCUAGGCUGCGAGUUCAGAUUCGCCCCGUUCUCUUGCAGUAAGAGAGCAGCCUGGAUUCAGGGCAACCUGGAGAAGGAGUACUCGUCAAUCAUGGAACAGAGUUUACAGCCUGCCAUCUGUCUCCACAAGUACCCUAGAUCGCAGAUUGAGGUAUAUGUGAUGGUUUUGGAGAAUGAUGGCUCCACUCUGGCAGCUGCUUUGACUUGUGCCUCCAUAGCGUUGGCAGAAGCAGGCAUUGAGAUGUUCGACGUGGUGGUGGGUUGCUCCUUGAGACAGUGUGGAGAUGUCUCUCUUCUGGACCCGACUGCAGCCGAGGACUACAAUGCAUCUAGCUCCCAGGAGGUGCAAUCUGCAAAGACACCUGAAAAUCCAGAAGAAAAGAUUGAGACAGGACUGGCUCAAUUCCUGGACUGGUGCACACAGUCUGGGUUGGUGCUCAGUUCAAAGGUUUAUGUGAGCAAGGAGGGCACAGUGGCAGAUUAUGGUCUGGUGGCAAAAGAUGAGAUUGAAGAAGGAGAGCUGCUGUUUUCUGUUCCAAGAUCAGCAGUGCUCAGCCAGCACACCACAGCAAUCAGCAACCUCCUGAAGAAAGAAGAGGCAGCAUUGGAGAGCCCAUCGGGGUGGGUCCCACUCCUACUUUCCAUGAUGUUCGAGAUCACCAGCAGUGAGUCCCCUUGGAAAUCCUACUUCUCACUCUGGCCUGACUUCAGCAGCCUGCACCACCCAAUGUUUUGGUCUGAGGAGGAGAGGAACCGCCUGUUGCUGGGCACAGGAGUAGCGCUGGCAGUCGAGAAAGAUCUGCUCAACAUCGAGGAGGAAUAUAACAGCAUUGUACUACCCUUCAUGAUGUCUCACCCUGACACCUUUGACCCAAAAAAACACACCCUGGACCUUUACAAGAAGCUGGUGGCAUUUAUUAUGGCUUACAGUUUCCAAGAGCCCCACGAGGAUGAUGAAGACGAUGACGAUGAGGCCCCAAAGCCUCCCAUGAUGGUGCCAAUGGCAGACAUCCUGAAUCAUGUGGCCAAUCACAACGCUCACCUGGAAUUUGCACCACAUUUACAGGAAUGUUUGAAAAUGCAGUCCAUCAGAAAGAUCAGUAAAGGUGAAGAGAUAUUUAACACAUAUGGUCAGCUUGCUAACUGGCAACUCCUGCACAUGUAUGGUUUCACUGAACCAUAUCCUAGCAACACACAUGAGGCCAUGGAUAUCCGAAUGCAGAUGAUGUAUGAUGCUGCCUUGCAAGCUGUGCGAACUGAGGAGGAGAGGAAGCUACUGAUGGAAAAGUGGGAAUUCCUGACUGAGUUGGAGAUAGUUGGAGAAGAGGGGGAUUUUGUGAUUGGCCAGGCAGGAGUCCUAACAGAGGAGGAACUUUACAGUACACUGAAGGUCCUUAGCAUGUCACUGGAGGAAUUUGAAGAAUACAAGGCCAAUGAUGGGUGGGAGGAGGACGAGGAAGAGGAUCUUUCUACUCUUGACAAUGCUGUAAUCCCCAAACUGAAGCCUGCUUGGAAGCAACUUCUGCGCAACACUGUGACAAUGAGACUAAAAUCCUACAGCUCAGGACUAAAAGAGGAGGAAGCCACCUUGGCUAAUGAGGAGACCUACCGCCAGCUCAGUAAACGGGAACGCGACUCACUGCAGGUCCGAUAUGCGCAGAAGAUGAUUUUACAUCGACUCCUGCAGCUCACUGAAUAGUACCACCAGCACCUAAGGAAUAAAAUCCUGUGUUUAUAUUC